AUGGACCAUCAAACUGCAAUUUCAUGUACAUGUACAUGUAUUGCUCGACACGAUCAUGAUGCACUUGAUCCCGGAAUUUUAAAAACAAUAAAAAAAUGUUUUUUCAAUGCAAUAGAUUGCGGUCUAAAGAAGAAACAAAUCCGUGAAACUCUGGAACGACACUUAAACUCUAGAGAUAUAGCCACUCAAUUAUGUUGUACUUUGGAACUGAACGCAUACUCGCUUUCAUCAUCUACUUCAUCAUCCGCAUCUAAUCUAGAAGAUCUCGUUCUAUUAGGAUUUAUAUACGAGAAGGGAUUCUCAAAUCACUGGUUCAAAAAGAACGAAGAAUUUGCCUAUCAAAAAUAUCGAGAAUCUGCAGACGCAGGCAAUUCAUACGGCCAAUACUUUGUAGGCGUAUGUUUCAAGAAAGGAAUUGGGAUAAAAAUAGAUUGGAGAAUGGCAUACGAAUUUUUCGAAGUGUCUGCUCGACAACGGAAUCCGGCUGCUUGUUAUAAAUUGGGUUCGGGAUAUGAUCGUGUGCAAGUGCCAGAGCAGAAAAAGAAUUGUCGAUUAAAGGCGUUUUUAUUGUAUAUUGAAGCGGCAAACGCAGGUCAUGUUAUGGCGAAAAUUCUUACAGGGCUUUGUUAUGAAAUGAAUUGGGGGACUGAGCGAGAUAUUCAUCAGGCGAUUAGAUGGCUGUUGAAGGCAAAUAACGAUCAACCGUCGAUAGUUAAUAAUGCUUUACUGCGUAUAUUUCGGCCUCAUGAUCCAUUGAUAUACUAA